AGUCAAAAAAGCUCCAGUAGAUGAUCUAUGAUCCAGCUUCUUAUUGGGAACUUGACUGCUGUUCUUCUCUCCUCUCCAAAUUUUUCAGAAAAAAAUUGUGUUUUGCUUUAUUUUUGGGCCUGUGAUGUCACAGCGGGACAUCAUCGAUUUCUCCGCGCUGGAGAAGGAGCUGCAGGGGGCGGUGGAGUCUGAGAGAAGAUACCAGCGGGAGAACCAAGCCAAGCUGAGGGCCGUGAGCCAGAGAGUGGGAUACGAUCAGUUCAGAGGUCUGGUUCUGUCUUCUCACCUGAAGCCUCUGGAAAAGAAGGACAAGGAUGGAGCUCCACGGAAACAACCAUGGAACCCUGUUGCUCCUGGAAACGCCUGAUGGACCAUCAAUCCAGGCUUCCUGGAUCGAGCUUCCUCCAGUAUCACCUUUGAUAUUUGACCCACCUGUUUGACUCUUCAGUUUGGAAAAAAAUAAGAUUCUGAUCAUUUUAAAUUUUUGGACUGAAUAAUAUUGUUUUGAUCAUCUGUUUAGCAAACAGCAAGAAAUGCAGAUGUAAAGAAAUAGCUCUCCUUCGGAAGUUUUUAAUAAACAGUUUCCUGGUCCUCAAACAGCUCAGUCUACCAUCCUGCUCCAGGUCCCCUUACUGACCCAGCGAUCAUCACUGGAAUCCUGCAGGUGUUGCACAGCUGUUCCUGUUUCACCAUCUAACACGACUCCAUAGAAAGUAUUCUGAUGUGUCUGCUAGCAUGCACGACAUAACUGCAGCAGUCAGCUCUGGAUCUGCAUGAGCGACUGAAAUAACUUCAGUUAAGCUCAGGACCUCUAAGAGUG